GGAAAAACUAAAAAAAUAAGGGGCAUGGCCAUGGAUGGCAGCAACGCGGAGGAGUUGGCCAUUGGGUGCUUCGUCUCCAUCAAGACCACCUUGAGUGACGAGUUUCAGGGGCAAGUCAUCACCUUCGAUCGCCCCUCCAACAUCGUCGUCAUUCAAGAGGGUUCGAAAGGAGGGUCUCGGCGGAACAUAAGGCUGCUGAAGGCGAACUAUAUAAAGGAGUUGUCGUAUUUGGGUCAAGCCGAAGACCCACUUGAUGUCAAAAACUGUUACCUUGAUCUCAAUAGUCUCCGCGCCAGAGAGGAAUUGGCCAUUAGACAAGCAGAGGCAGAGUCCGAGAGGAUUGGUGUUGGGGUCACCAGCCAGGCCCAGAACAUUUUCGACGCCUUGUCUAAGACGCUUCCAGUGCGCUGGGACAAGACUGUAAUAGUUGUGAUGAAUGCGGUGCGUGUAAGUAGUCCAUAUACUCCGGAGUCUGUCAGUGGAGGAACACCUGCUGCCAAUGAGCGGGUGAAGAAAGUGCUUGAGCUUGAGAGGAAAAGGUUGCAAACUCGUGGCAGUGGUCAAUGAUGGAUUCAGGUUUGCACCUGAUUGGCCAAUAGGAAAAGACUUUUCCCUCGAGGGAUAAAUCAUGAUGGGUAUGUAGGUACACUCAACCUUCUCUAAGGGGAACAUGUUAUCUAUUCUCUUGAGACAUUUGAACGCCUGAAUCAAAGAAUCAAUCCAAUACUUGCAUAUCAUUCGAUCUGUAGUUCUUUGGUCUUGCCAACAAUUGGCUCAUCUGUUGUGUUUGCUAUUGCUCUUGACUUGAGUUUGGGACGGUUUGUAUGCUAUUAAGAGAUUGAGUUUUACACCAUUGCUAUACCCCUGUUGAAUAUUUGGGGAAUUGCUAAUUAAUUGUGCAUUUCUCGCCGUUGUCACACCAGGGGCAAGUAAUCUGAUAAGACUUCGAAAAGUUAAUGAUUCUGAAUUUGUUUGGCA